GAAGGAGCGCGGAAAGCUCGCUGUUUGUCGUUAUUUUACAUUUUCUUUGUCGACGACUGAGCAAAAGAAACUGAGGACAUCUGUCUCGGUGGAUAUCUGAUAUGGCUGGUUCAAGCACGCUCGAUGUGUUUGUGGGAAUUGUUCUAGUUUUACACGCUUUGGGAAGUGUUUUUCAGAUCACCCGAGGAGAAUUAACGGCGGAAGGAGCUGCUUAUUCAAUUCUUCAGGGAUGGUCACAGGAUGAUGAUGUCACUGUGGAACUGUUGAGGAGGAGACGCUGGCUUCUCCUGGAGCCCCUUCCAAUGGAAAGUAACAAAGCCAGUCAAGACAGUUUGAAGCCUGAGUCUCAGGAUUCACCUGUUAUACUGACUGAUGACAACGCAGACAACAGCUCCCAAAAAAUGGAGGACACAGAUCAUAACUACUACACCUCAAAGACUUUUGGCCCCAGUGACCUUAUGAGCAAAGAAUUAUGGGUAAAUAUCGAUCAGAUGGACAAGGAGAAGGUGAAGAUUCAUGGCAUCCUGUCCAAUACACACCGACAAGCAGCGCGGGUCAAUCUCUCCUUUGAUUUUCCAUUUUAUGGGCAUUUGUUGCGAGAGAUCACCGUUGCAACUGGUGGGUUCAUCUACACAGGAGAUGUGGUUCACCGAAUGUUGACAGCCACACAAUAUAUCGCUCCACUUAUGGCAAACUUUGACCCCAGCCUCUCCAGAAAUUCAACUGUCAUCUAUUUUGACAAUGGAACUGCUUUGGUUGUCCAGUGGGAUCAUGUCCAUCUCCAGGAUUCUUAUAAUCAAGGAAGUUUCACCUUCCAGGCUACAUUACACAGUGAUGGGCGAAUUGUCUUUGCUUACAAAGAGGUCCCAGUGCAGAUUGCAAAGAUCAGCUCUGUCAAUCAUCCAGUGAAGGUUGGACUGUCUGAUGCCUUUGUGGUGGUCCAUAAGAUUCAGCAGAUCCCCAAUGUGCGGAGAAAGACUAUCUAUGAGUAUCACCGAGUGGAGCUGUUAAAGACCAAAAUUACUAGCAGUACAGCUGUAGAAAUGAUGCCACUACCCACAUGUCUUCAAUUCACAAGCUGCACUUCUUGCAUAGCAUCACAGAUUAACUUCAACUGCAGCUGGUGUCACCGGCUCAAUAGAUGUUCCAGUGGCUUUGAUCGCCAUCGGCAGGACUGGGUAGAUAACAGUUGCCCAGAUGAGACUAAGGAUAACACCUGUGACAUCCUCAAUACUACUAAUCUCAAUCUGCUGACCACUGCAUCAGUUGCUAAGAAGACCACAAGGAACAAAGGAACUACUGAGGGUCAGUCUACCCAAGCUCCAUCACACAUGCCCACCAGCAUACCAACAGAAGAUGACACCAAGAUUGCGCUACAUCUCAAAGACAAUGGAGCUGCUGCAGCAAAAAGUACAGCAGAGAACAGCACUCACCCCCUGCACAUGGGGCUGAUUCUUGGGAUGCUCUUGCUUCUGCUCGUGAUGGUGGCCAUCGUCCUGGUGACCGUUUACAUCUACCACCACCCGAGCUCUGCUGCGGGACUCUUCUUCAUUGAGAGACGCCCCAGCCGAUGGCCAGCGAUGAAAUUUCGCCGAGGAUCUGGUCAUACAGUAUAUGCAGAGGUAGAGCCUGUGGGUCAAGAAAAAGAAGGCUUUAUUGAAUCAGAGCAGUGCUGAGAUUUGACCUUUGACUUCUUAAGUCACACAUAGCCCAGCAACCUUCUUGAUGUCUAGCUACAAAUCCACACAUCUCUAAUCAUAAAGUUUCACCAACCCUCCAAAUCACUGAUGAAACUGGAAACAGUGAGGGUGUGGUGACUGAAUGGAAGAGGCAUCCAGAAACAAAUGCUUGGAUCUAGCUUUUAACACUCAAAACAAAACAAUCCACAUUCAGAGGAAACGUUUGGUAAUCAGCUGGAUGAAUAACGGCCCAGCAGCUUCUGCUCGGUUCCUGGCAUGACGUGGGCAACAGCUUUUGUUU